GUGAGCGCGAGAGAGACUCAACUUUUAUUUCUGCUUUAAAUGUGGCGCAACAGAAACGAGAUAAAUAUGUCCUGCAAGGACGAAACCAAUGUUACUGGACCAGCUAUGAACCCGAAAGACCCAGUGGUUCCUGAUUCAGUAAGACGUUUGCUUCACUACUACAGGGGCAAAUUAGGAGACAGUCUGAAUGUUAAACCUGUAGAAUUUGAUCUGUCAGACCCACUCAUGCAUGUGACAUGUGGAUCUUAUAACAGCCUCCACGAUCCACUCUUAAAGAGGUUUUUUAACCAGCCUCAGAGAAAAAAGCUUCUGCUUAAACAGGGCCUCAUCAAUGAGGAGGAUCAGGUGCUCUGCUCACUGAAAGACUUUACCCAGUAUGUGGAAUACCUCAGAAAAGUUGAUCUUGGCUGGCAAAAACUGCAUCAGCAAGAACAGAAGCAGCUGCUGAAAGUGGCAGCAGGUGAAGUUCCUGAGAACAUUAAUGCUGCCCAUGCAAAGGAGUUGCUUAUCUCCAGAGGCAGGACCACCUUCAGGAACAACUUCAAAAAAUUCAUGAACUCGAGCAGUUAUCAGAAACCUGCUGAACUGGCAUGGGAGGUGAACCAACGUCUCCAGCUGGAGAAACUAGAGAAAGAAGUGAUUCGAGAGCUUCAACUGGAACAACGACUUGAGCCGAUUCCUACUCAGUCUGUAAUUUCAGGACCUGGAAUACCUUGUACAUCUGGUCCAUCUUCAUCUAGAGCUGAUGACCAGGGAAUGGUCACUUUGUUAGACCAGGAUUCAAGCAGUUCUGGUUCACCCAGAUUGUCUUUAGUGGACCAUUUUAAUGGAAAAUGCAAUUUGAUAAACAGUGAAAGUUCUGAAAAAGUACCAAGUGGGGUGGUCACGGUGAAUAAACUGCAGAAUUUUGUUAGUGGAAUUCAAGCCACUGUAACAGAGGAGGUUCAGAAGAAUCUGCUUCCUGCUCUGGUGGAGUUUAUGCAGCCUGUGCAACCCUACAGUGCGAAUGUGCAAGAAUUAGAAAUUACUCCUACUGAAGCCCUGGACAAUAUAAAAUUGGAUAGUGCUAGAAAUAAAAUAGAUCGCUCUGAAGAUCUUAAGCACUCCACUUCAGCUGCCUCGGCUGACAACUCCAUACAUCAGUUGCCCUUGUUUUCAACAGCUGAGUUGUUGGUGCUGGAUGUGCUGAAGUCUUCAGUGUCUCAGAUCAGUCAGCAACAUGAGAGAUAUGAUGAGGCUGCAAAAGUUAAGAUCGUGGAUUUGGCUAGUCAAUUAAGUGAUCAAGACAUUUCCAUUGAGCUCCCAAGUCCCUCAUUGUUGUCUUCCCCUGGAAUCAUAACAGGAUGGGAGAGAGAUGCCAGCUGUCAACUGUCCAGCUCUGACGAAUCCCUCAUCAAUCGGGUGCCAUCAAUUGAAGAUCAAUGUUCUGGAAUAAUUCAGUCACAGACAACCACAACUGACAAGAUAACAGAGGAAAAUGAAAUUGAUGAGAUCAUUGAAGAAACUGUUGGACAAACCCUGGAGUCUGUGAUCUCCAUCCUUGAAAGCCAAGGACUUCUGUCAUUUGAGUCUGAUGAAGUUCCGUCAAGUAAAUCCAGUAGCUCAGACUCAAAGCCCAAGUCCAACCCAGCGCCCAGGCUCCGGCUCUCCUAUCCUGCUGAGUGUAGACUCACAGAAGGUCCUAACUAA